GAUAUAAAUAAGAAAAAUCAAACCCAUCAGCAACUUAACAAUCUUUCCGUUAAUGGAAUAUCAAUUAGCUAAAGUGAAGGAAUUUUAGCUCAGCAUCUUCAUGGGGACUGUUAUCGACUCCCAUUUCUUAGGCUUUACCGCCAUUGUCACAGUAGGAUAUCAGUUUUUGUUUUUUAUAAUCACUGCUCUUCUCAAGAUUGACAAACUCACUGACUUCGCUGGAAGUACCAACUUUAUUGUACUUGCUAUAUUGACUCUGGUGGUCAAGGGCUCAUGGCAUUUUAGGCAGGUUGUUUUGAGUUCACUUGUGAUAAUAUGGGGUCUUCGCCUGGGACUGUUCCUAUUGCUAAGGAUUUUGCAGUGGGGAGAGGAUAGACGUUUUGAUGAGAUGCGUGGCAAUUUGGGGAGAUUGGCAGUUUUCUGGAUAUCUCAGGCUGUCUGGGUGUGGACUGUGAGUUUACCCGUGACAGUGGUUAAUGCUAGUGACAGAAAUCCAUCCCUACAUGCAGCUGACAUAGUUGGGUGGAUAAUCUGGAUUAUAGGCUUUGCGAUUGAGGCCAUUGCAGACCAGCAAAAAUUGUCAUUCAAAAACUCUCCAGAAAAUAGAGGAAAGUGGUGCAAUGUAGGAUUGUGGAAGUACACACGUCAUCCAAAUUAUUUUGGUGAGAUUUUCUUAUGGUGGGGGAUUUUUGUGGCUGCAACGCCUAUACUGGAUGGUGCGGAGUGGCUUGUGAUUUUUGGUCCCAUCUUUCUCACAUUGUUACUUCUUUUCAUCAGUGGCCUGCCGUUACUGGAGGAAUCAGCGGAUAAGAAGUACGGAAAUGUGGCUGCAUACAGGAUCUAUAAGAGAACAACAAGCCCUCUAAUUCCAUUGCCCCCGCUAGUCUAUGGGAACUUGCCUUUAUGGUUCAAAAAAAUUUUUCUCUUCGAGCUUCCGCUUUACAGUCGCAGUUUUCCUGAUGAAGGGCCGAACUGGUGUAGAACCGGCAGAGGAGAAGACGAUAGAUUGAAGACGAGUUAGUGUAUCAUAAUGAUUUAUCGUAUAGCCUUGGCAUUUCAAAUUACCUGUUAUUCGUGCUUCUACUAUUUUCUGUUUUUCUUCCUCAAAAUAUUGUUGAUUUAGAUGAAACAUUAAACAAAUUACAUAUGAUUAAUCGAUUUACGUCA